AUGUCGGCGAUACCAGAGAGCCCAUUUCGGGAAAUGGGCGUUGGUCCGGAAACUCUUGCUAGAGUGGAAGAAGCGCUGAAGAAAAAGGCUCCUAGAAUGGAUCUCUGUGGUAGAUUGAAGGGUUGCAGUACUCGAGUGAAGGCCUCGAGACAGGAGUAG